AUCAAUCCACUUCACUUCUGUCGUUCUCUCGACAAUCGACCUCCUUCUCUUCUAUCCCAUCAAUUACACAAUCACACUCACACUUUGUGCUACAAGCCAUUAUUACUGAGCUCGCGUCUCUAUUGAGUUACAAAUAGCUAUCGUAUGGCUCCCUCACGAGGCCCUCAAGCAAUACCACGUACACUACACAUAACACUCAAUAAUCACAAAGGCGCAGUCCACGUCGCACGUUACGCAAAGGGUACCUCAAAGUACGUCCUCACAGGCGGCCAAGACCGCAGCGUCCGUCUCUGGAACCCCGCAACCGGUCUCGAAAUCAAAACCUACGCGGGCCAUGGCUACGAAGUCCUCUCCAUCACCGUGGCCCACGACAACGUCAAGUUCGCCUCAUCGGGCGGCGACAGAUCUGUAUUCCUUUGGGAUGUGGCGACCGCAAACACAAUCCGCCGUUUCGCAGGACAUAUGGGGAAGAUAAAUGCGGUCGAGUUCAAUGAGGAUGCAUCCGUACUCGCAAGCGGAUCGUUCGACGGGACCGUACGUCUCUGGGAUCUCCGAUCGCAGUCCCGACAAGCAAUUCAAACUCUCUCCGAAGCGCGCGAUGCAAUCCAAACUCUCUCCGUCGGCAACACAUACAUCACAUCCGGCUCCGUAGACGGGCACAUACGCACAUACGACCUUCGUAAAGGCGAACUACGAUCCGAUUAUCUUGGCCAACCAGUAACUUCCGUACAACCAAUGCAAGACUCCACAGCAAUCCUCGUCACAACCCUCGACUCACACAUCCGGCUCCUUGAUAUGCAAACUGGAAAAAUGCUGAACGACUUUACGGGACACACGAACGAGUCGUUCAGAUGUCGAGCGUGUUUCGGACAUGCAGAAGCAAGUGUAAUUUGUGGAGAUGAAAAUGGGCAGGCGAAACCAUUGGCACCUAAUCCUCCACCCAAAGUACAUGAGAAAGUGAUAACCUGGGUCGAGCACCAUCCAAUUGACGUCGGAGAGAUGGUCACUGCGAGUGCAGACGGCACCGUGAAGGUCUGGAAGCAGUAG